CCUCCACGGGGUGUGACCUGGUAAUUGAUAUCGUUUUCUAAAGAUAACUUUUAGAAAGCGAUAUCAAGCUAAGAGCUACAAUAAAAAGAUUUAUAUAUUUUUUAAUUGGGAAACAAUAGUUUAAAUUCAGAAAAGUAUUUUCGGGAUUGCAAUAUUACCAUAUAGAACGUAUAACUAUAGUAAUUUUAUAGUUCCUGAAAAAGAAACUUGUAUGAUUUUUGACUAAUUACAAAUGACUAAUUACCUCCUUGUUUUCGAAGUGGGUUAAAAAUAAAAUUAAAAAAAAAUCAUAAAAUAUGGAAUUUAGAAAGAACGAAGUUGUUUGAUACGCAAUGGUAGAAAGAAAUUAACCCUGGCGAAGAUAUUUCAAGCAGAGACAGAUCUCGCUCUUGUCCACAGAACACAUAAUUUCUGCUUUUCAUUUGAUAGAAAUUCGCUACGUUGACUAACAAAUAUUUUUCUUAUAACAAUUUUCAAGAGGAAUUCAUUAUUGAAUGAAAGUAAAAAUUUGCAUAAAUGGAGGGUGGAUGGGAUGCGGUAGGGCGGGUCUCCAAACCACAGCAACCUUCUCGUGGUGAGAACUGGGCAAUCGUUAUUAUUCGAUGACUAAUUAAUAACUGUAUCAUUAUUUCUAUGGUACAUUUAUUAAUUAUACAGCAAAUAAUACGAGCGAAUUGGCUGCGAAAUUUAUGCUUUCUUUUCUAUGCUCUCUGUUAUAUAUUUUUCAGGAACUGUGCCUUUCAGAUUCUGAAGUGUAUCACAUUGCAACUACAAUUUUACGGAACGAAAAUUAAUAAUAAUGAAUGCAUGUUUAAUUAUGUACUUAUACAUAUAGCUAUCGUAGCAUACACGUAUCAUUUAGGUGUAUGCAAAAGGUGACGUAGUUUAGCAUGCCGUUAGUUGAUAGGGUUGAUAGCAUGCGAUAAUUGAGGUGGCGCUUAAAUCAGUUUCUGUUCGGCCUAAUUUUCUAUGAAACGUUGACUGUUUUACCGACGCGGAAUUCGAAGUUCGGCCUCGACGCUCGCAUCACCUUAAACUCUAACUUUUUAUUAACUACUACUAUUUAUUCUUUAGGUUGUAACAUUUUUUAUUUUUUUCUCUUGAAAAAUGCUCCUCAUAUAUAUACUUUUAUUUGUAUGAUGCUUUGAAAUAGUUCUAUAAAGUAUAAUUUAGAAUAAUGUUAACAAUCAUGAAAUUAAGUUGGCAAGAAUUGAAGAGGGUAGUUUACGGAAGUGAUCGAAAGCAUCACGAUCAAUUGUACAAUCGUGGGAUUAGACUGAAGGUAUUUAAAGAUUAUAAAGCAUGGAGAAACCCAUCGUUCGUGCACGAGUGGUAAAGGUCCUUGGUAGGACAGGUUCCCAAGGGCAAUGUACGCAGGUUAAAGUGGAAUUUCUGAACGAACAAAAUAGGCAGCUGAUACGAAACGUAAAAGGCCCUGUGCGCGAAGGGGACAUUUUAACACUCUUAGAAUCAGAAAGAGAAGCUAGACGGCUUCGUUAGUCUAAACACAAAAAGUGACCUUCCUUCUUGAUCAUUAAAAAGGUGUGAUGAGAAGAAACGUGCAGAUUCUAUCUUUUUAUUAUACGUGUGUCGUUAAUAGAAUAUCAAAUAUUCUGAAUACUGAUGAUUGCAAUGAUACGUAUGCGAAUGUAAUUAAAAUUUGCAAAUAAAAAUAGUUCAUUUAUAA